AGUAGCGAGAGAGGCGGCCCGCGCUGACAGUGUCCGUGGGUCUCCGCGCUCGUCCCGCUGGCCCCGGCCUCGCCGCCCCGCGCAGUGCCCAGCCCGGCCCCGCCGACCCGCCUUUACCGCCGGCUCCGCGCCCUUCCCCGAGGGCUGGAUGAUGGGCUCUUUCGCCCUGCAAACGGUGGACACCGAGCUGACCGCGGACUCGGUGGAGUGGUGCCCGCUGCAAGGCUGCAGGCACCUGCUGGCGUGCGGGACCUACCAGCUGCGGCGGCCGGAGGACCCGCCUGCCGGCCCCCAGAGCAAGAUACACAACCACUUAACUUGCCUGCAGUAAUAUGCUGUAAGGUUUGUGGCAUAGGAGCAGUGGGCCAUACCAUAUAGUCAAGGUGCCACAUCCCGGUGGCUGGACAUGCCCUCUUGGGCUUGGCAGAUGCCAGUGGAUCCAUACAACUGCUCCGCCUGGUGGAAUCUGAGGUCAGUGACUUGCACUUGUUCUGUGGGGCAGAAGGGACCUGAAUAGAGAGGGUUGGGGAGGAGGCAGUGCUGAUACAGACAUUUUUCUAGAACGAUCUCUCUUCAAUGGUGAGCUAUAUAUAGACAUUCUAAGAGAACGUGGAGUCUAUUUUUAAGUUGUAUUGCGUUCUACAUCCAACUCCAAGAGGAAGUCACCUCACGUGUCACCAGCAGAAGGGCGGAAGUGACAGGAUGUUCACUGACCUGUCAGUGGAUCUGAAAGUUCUCUAAGGAGAGCCUGAGCAAGCAUUAUUAGGUUGAUGCUGGGGCCCAGAGUAGCAGUGAGCGUACUGUGUGCAGAUGGCAUUUCUCACUGAUUAUUGGAAAAGCAUGUGAGUCCUGUGUGAGUUUUUCCGGGUUUCCCACAGUGCUCCGGAGCCAUGCAUUAGCAAAGUGACUUCAUCUGAUAGCUGUGGGGGAGGGGAACGGGGAUGUCCCUUAGUGGGGUGAUGUAAACAGCCUGAGACCACGCCCUCACUCCGAUGCAGAUGCUGCAGGUGGGGCUGGGCCAACUGAGGGCCUGUGUAGGAAAGGGCCUUGCUUAAGGCAGCUCAGAGCAGUUGCCCUGUCUUAGAAAGGAGGGAAAGAGCAGCCACAGGAAAGCUGUGGGCCCAAGGGAGGAGCGCAUGAACCCAGGAAAGGGCUUUGGUACAGCAGCCUGCUGGGAGCCAGGGAUGGAGUUAAGUACUGGCCAGGCUGUUUAGGAAAUGAAAUUUAUAUAGAUCUGCAUAAAGAGCAACCACGUUCUCAUGGCUGCUCGCAGCUUCUGGAGUGGAAACCAGAGGAGUUUCCCCAUUGUCUCUGUCUCGGGAGGCGAGUGUUCCAGCGGCCCUGGAGGCCUGGGGUGGGAAACCGCGUGUGCCACUGUGGUCUGGAGCCUGCACAGGUGUCUCGACAGCAUCUAGGAGCGCAAGGACGGCAAGGGGGUGUGAAAGGGAGGGAGACCGUGCCCCAAGAUCAAGCCUGUGGGAAAGUCGUCCUGCAGGUGUGAGGAGUGUGAACUCCAGUGUACCCAGGUCUUCUUGGGGCCCCAGCAGGGGUUUCAGUGUUAGGUGCAGGUGUGACUCAGUGACUGAUGUACUUCAUUCGCAUAGGGUGUAAAUGAGGGAACAAUGACUUCCUUGCAGGAGAGGAAAAGUCUUUUGGGGGUUCUGGGGCGGCUACUUCCCUUUGAUGGAGUUUCUUCUUCUCCAGUAGAAGAGCCACGUGCUAGAGCCAUUGUCCAGCCUUGCCCUGGAGGAGCAGUGUCUGGCUUUGUCCCUAGAUUGGUCCACUGGGAAAACUGGAAGGGCUGUGGAGUCCCUAUCUCAGGACUUGUUUGGGAACCAGAAGAGGCUGAUGAAUAACGUUCGGCCGGGCUUCUUCAUGGGUUCCCUGUGUCUAGGGCCAGGGACCAGCCCUUGAAGAUCAUCAGCAGUGACUCCACAGGGCAGCUCCACCUCCUGAUGGUGAAUGAGACGGGGCCCAGGCUGCAGAAAGUGGCCUCAUGGCAGGCACAUCAAUUCGAGGCCUGGAUUGCUGCUUUCAAUUACUGGCAUACAGAAAUUGUGUAUUCAGGGGGCGACGAUGGCCUUCUGAGGGGCUGGGACACCAGGGUACCCGGCAAAUUUCUCUUCACCAGCAAAAGACACACCAUGGGUGUGUGCAGCAUCCAGAGCAGCCCCCAUCGGGAGCACAUCCUGGCCACGGGAAGCUACGAUGAGCACAUCCUACUGUGGGACACACGAAACAUGAAGCAGCCGUUGGCAGACACGCCCGUGCAGGGUGGGGUAUGGAGAAUCAAGUGGCACCCUUUCCACCACCACCUGCUCCUGGCUGCCUGCAUGCACAGUGGCUUUAAGAUCCUCAACUGCCAAAAGGCAAUGGAGGAGAAGCAGGAGGCGACGGUACUGACAUCCCACACAUUGCCCGACUCGCUGGUGUAUGGAGCCGACUGGUCCUGGCUGCUCUUCUGUUCUCUGCAGCGGGCCCCCUCGUGGUCCUUUCCUAGCAACCUGGGAACCAAGACAGCAGACCUGAAGGGUGCAAGCGAGUUGCCAACACCCUGUCAUGAAUGCAUAGAGGAUGACGAUGGGGAGGGCCAUGCCACACCCCAGAGUGGAAUGAAGCCACUCACAGAGGGCAUGAGGAAGAACGGCACCUGGCUGCAGGCUACAGCAGCCACCACACAUGACUGUGGCGUGAACCCAGAAGAAGCAGACUCAGCCCUCAGCCUUCUGGCCACCUGCUCCUUCUAUGACCAUGCGCUCCACCUGUGGGAGUGGGAGGGGAACUGAGCUUGAAAUCAUGAAGCCCCUUGCCACAAGGAAACCAGGAGGGAGACUGUGAGUGAAUGCCCGGGACCACCUCAUCAGAGAUGCUUACUGCAGCCCUGCAGGUGCCUGUGCACUGAUGGAAUCCAGUGUAGUCAGAAAAGCUGUUGACUUCUCUUCAAUCAACUUCCCUGCUGGGCCCCUGAAAGUGGACUGGGUGAUUCUGUCUGGCAGAGAGUGGGGAAAAGACUCGGUUUCCAGCUUGCAGAUUUGUUAAGUUUCUCAGGCAGAUUUUGACUUUCAGCCUUUCAUACUUGUUUAAGCAACUGUUUAUAUUAAAUGAAGUUUUUUGAAAAACA